AUGGCCUGGCUCUCAAUCGUCCGCCUCGUGGCUCUCAUCUUCACCACCAUAUGCGGCGCCAUCGUCCUGUCGCUCUCCGCGGACAUCACCCACUUCUCCGAGUUCUACUUCGAGGCGCUCAUCAUCGACUCCCUCCGCACCGGCGCCUUCACCUCCCUCGUCGUCUUCGAGCUCUCGUGGCUCUCCGUCCUCUCCGUGCUCUGGGUCGCGACCGGCGCGCUCACCGUCGACCAGACCUCCUUCGUCUUCGCCACCUGCGACUUCCUCAGCGACGUCGCGAACCAGGUCUGCCGCGAGACGCAGGCGAUCGAGGCCUUCUCCUUCCUCGCCUGGCUCUCCCUGCUCUUCUACACGAUCGCCCUCCUCGCCGUCGCCUGCACCAACGCCGCGCGCGGCGCGCCCAUCUGGCUCGGCGCCGUCCGCACCCACGGCGCCUUCGCGCCCCAGUUCGCCGGCGCCGCGCCCUCCCCGCCCGGGCAGGUGCCGUCGAUGGGGAUGUCGAUGUCGAUGCCCGUGCCGAUGCCGCACCAGCUCCAGCCGAGCCCGCCCCCGUCCCAGAUGGUGCAGCACGGGUACGCGGUGCCGUCCCCCGACGGGAGCGCGCGCGGGUCGAUGUACGGCGUGCCUGGCGCGGCGGUCCACCCGCACAUGUGA